AUGUCUUACGUCGGCCGCGCCUGGGCCACCGCUCGUUUCUACAAAGAUUGCGCCAUCGCGGGAGUUUCCUAUCUUUUGACAUCAAAGACCCACAGGUUCGUUGGAUCCACAGCUGCUUUCUUUUCGAUCGUUUUCCGAAUUUCGAGACAAGAAAAGCCUACGUUCAUUAAAAUAGUAUAUUCGUUCUCCCUACUCCGUGAAGUUUUUUUCAUUUAGGAAAAAAAUGUUUUUCUUAUCUUACAAAAAAAAUAGUACUAAGAAAUUUUUAUUUUUUUGAUAUUGUUCAAAUAAAGAUAGAAUUAGGGGUACUGAAUUUUUUGAGGUCAUGGUCCUCUUAUCGCUUUUUUUGUUGCGCGAACGGGAUCGACGACCAAGAUAAAACCUUUCAAUACACUUUUUCUAUACUGGUUGUUGGUUUUCUAGAAAGCCGUUUUAUUUCAUUGCAUCAUUCAAACGUUUUUUUAAAAUUCAUUACAGUUUUUCUUGCUUUUUGAAGCAAAAAAACAUGGAAUAAAUCUUUCGAUUCAUCAAAUUUCAGUUGAUUUUCAAAAAGACACUUUUAAGAGCGAUGGCAUCACUAACGCCUCUGGAGCCCGUUUCUCAGCUGUCCGGCAGUGUCACCCGUAUUUUGGGACAUAAUCCAGGUCCUUUCACGCUCCAAGGCACUAACACUUAUCUCCUAGGAACUGGAACCAGGUAUUUUUUCUGAUCAUUCCACUCUAUUUCUUAUUAGUUUCGCUUGAGGAAGAUUCUGGUCGACACUGGAGAACCUAACGUCAGCGAUUACAUCGCCGCUCUGAAGGAAGUAUUGAAGGCAAGUGACUAUCAUGCUAUUCUCCUACAGAAAGAAGCUGAAAAAUAUUUCAAAAAGAAAAAAGUUCAAGUAUUUGAAAAAGAAUUGAAUUUUUUCGGCAAGAUCUCCAUCAAGCUACUUCGUUUUCUGAAGCUUGUGAGAAAAUCUUGGAGUACUUGUUGAUUCAUUGAAUGAAAAUUGUGAGGUGUACAAGUGGAUCGUUUCAGAGAAAAGUUUUUGAAUAAAUCAAAUUUUUGUUCGGAGUUUAGAAAAACUAUCUUUGAGAGGUCGGUCUUCAAAAAGUAGGAAGGAUCUGAAUUUUUUUUUUCAGAAAAAUGAGCGCAUGUGAUAUAACCAUUCUUAAAACUUUCAUUCUCAAUUUUCACUAUUUUUUUUGCUCACCUUUUGAGUCAUUUUCCGUUUCAGAACGAUGAGAUCGAAUGUAUCGUGAUAACUCACUGGCAUCAUGAUCACGUCGGCGGCAUCAACAACAUCAUCGCGGAAGUUCUCGGAGGAAAACGGGUUAUUUUUGGCUUUUCGAAGGAAGAAUCGAAUGAAGAACGGUGUAGUUAUAAGAUUAUUGAAAAGAGUUGAUUUUUAAAAUGAUUAAACCAAUCCUACAAACUGGAUAUAUUCGGAAAACAAAAAAGGCGAGGUUUUCCAACGGUAAAAUGAUCAUAUUUUCUAUACACACUUACUGGUUCUUCCACUUUGCCAACUUCUAGGUGCCCAUCUACAAGAUGAAACGAGAGGCCGACGAACAGCCCGAACGAUUUCAAUACAUUGACGACGGUUUCUCCGUCAAUGUUGAUGGCGCUUCUUUGAAGUAUUGGCCUACUGUGGAACUGGAAAGUACCCUGAUAAGAUUUCCAGAUUCAUCCACACUCCGGGACACACUGCCGAUCACUUUGCUCUGUGGCUCGAGGAGGAGAAAGCCUUGUUCAGGUUGGUUCUUUCUGUGUUCCUAAGACUUUAGGAGGAGGCAAGUACAUGAGAUAAGAUUCGAAAAAGAGAAACAUUCGGUGGAGUUGCGCAUUGAGAAAACUUCAGCGGCGACUGUAUUCUCGGCGAAGGAACGACAGUUUUUGAAGACUUGCACGACUACAUGGGAAGUCUGCAGAAGAUCAAAGGACUGCAGCCUUCGAGAAUAUAUCCGGGCCACGGACCGGUGAUCGACAACGUCGACGCCAAGGUCGACGAGUACAUCGGCCAUCGCGAGAAGCGGGAACGCGAGAUCGUCGCCGUUCUCGAAGAACAUCAAGAAAUCACCAGCAUGGACAUCACCAACAAAGUCUACGCGGUAUCUGACUCAUUCCAAAAAGAAGCUUCAUUUCGUGAAUUUCAGUCUUCGCCCUGGUCUGUGCGACUGGCGGCGUUGAACAAUGUGAAGCUGGUGCUGAACAAACUGGUAAAGGACGGCGUCGCGGAAAAAGUCGGCUUCGAAACAUUCAAACGAGUACACUCACGAUAA